GAGAAAAGAAGCAGACUGGUGCAGUUGUGUGUGCGUCAGCAGCAGCAUGUCUGAAUAUGGAACAUUCCAGCAUGGCAAGUCUCGUUUCGACCAGAACACAUUUUCUGGACGGUUCAGGCACUUCCUGGAUGUGAUUGACCCCAGCACACUCUUUGUGACAGAGAAACGUCUGCAGGAGUCUGUGGAGCUGCUUGACCGUUUCAAACAAGGAACUCUGCCUCCGGGAGUGACAGAUGCUCAGCUUUGGCAAGCUCAAAAAAUUAAGCAGGCCAUCAUCCACCCUGACACAGGGGAGAAGAUCCUCAUGCCCUUUCGGAUGUCAGGUUUUAUUCCAUUUGGCACCCCAGUGGUCGUUGGCCUCCUUCUCCCAAAUCAAACAUUGCUGUCAACUAUCUUCUGGCAGUCGUUAAACCAGAGUCACAAUGCCUGUGUGAACUACUGCAACCGCAACGCCUCCAAGCCUGCUCCAUUUUCCAAAUUCGUCCAGGGAUACCUCGGAGCGGUGACCAGCGCAGUUUCUAUUGCUGUUGGGUUGAACGUGUUAAUCCAGAAAGCCAACCGCCUUAGCCCAACUACCAGGCUUUUGGUGCAGAGGUUCGUCCCCUUCCCAGCAGUGGCGAGUGCAAAUGUCUGCAACGUGGUGCUCAUGAGACACUCUGAGCUGUCGGAGGGCAUCAGCGUGCUGGACGACAAUGGGGCCGUGGUGGGAACGUCAAAAGUGGCUGCCAGGCAUGCACUUUUAGAAACAGCUCUGACCAGGAUGGUCCUCCCAAUGCCCAUUCUGAUGCUCCCUCCCAUCGUCAUGGCUGCACUGGAAAAGCUCCCUCUCCUGCAGAGACGGCGGAGGCUUGUCCUGCCCGUCCACAGUCUGGUGUGCCUCGCUGCCUUCGGCCUGGCUCUGCCUCUCGCUAUCAGUCUCUUCCCACAGAUGUCCCAGAUCUGUGUGAAUCAGCUCGAGCCGGAGAUCGCCAUGGCAACAGAUUGUAAGAUUGUGACGUACAAUAAAGGCCUGUGAGUGAUCUUCUACUGCCCGACAUGUGAAGAUAGGAGCCUCUGCAGGUUCAACCCCCCCAAAAGCUGCCAGUGAAAGAAUGAUGACCCAGAGUGACCUGCAUCGGUGGCCUCGCUGCUGGGAUGGAGGGCUCAUUACUGGCACCUGCUGGGCCUCGGCCCUCACCUUGACUAUGAAUGGGCGUCCACGUCAAAGCCCAGG